CAUAUCAUAAUCAUUUGUUUACACAUUCCGUUUAUCUCUUUACCUAGAAUUGGAUCCUGAGUAAAAUAUGUAGUAAAGCUUUGUAUAUGGAUAUAUACCUCUCGAAAAACCCAUAUUUGUAGUUGAAGAAGUUGUAUUUUACAGAAGAAAUUAACGAUGUGAAACGAAAAUUUGAUGCGAUGAAACUACUGUGCUUGUUUUUCACCAUAACAAUAUUCGAGAUCGUCAGUUUGAGAACAAUAAUUCCACUGGAACCCAAUUUUCCAUGUCCGAGCUAUUGUAGAUGCGACUAUUUUGAGAAAAUUGUGCAAUGUGUAAAUGCUAAUUUGAGUGAAGUUCCAGAGAAAAUCGAUACCAAUGUCACAUUUUUCACUUUAUCUCACAACAACUUCAAUGGGAUACCACUGGGCAUAACGAAUUUAAAAAACUUAUAUUUUCUGGAUCUAUCCUAUAACCCUGAUAUAACUGUCGUUGAAGUGAACUUCAAACAUCCAUCCCUGAGGAAUCUUCACAUGAAAAGAUGUUCCAUCAAUUACAUCGAUAAUAGCAUUUUCCGAGGAUUUCCCGACUUGGAAAUCCUGAAUCUGUCUGGUAAUCCGAUAGCCUUCGUCAACAAUACCCUAGAUUCACCGUCCUUGAAAACCUUAGUUUUAAGUGAUUGCAGAUUGAAAUACCUGAAGCCUGAUGCAUUUUCGAAACUGACAUCUCUAUCAUUUUUAUCACUGGCUGAAAAUUCAAAUAUGAAGCAGUGUCACAGUGAGUCAGAAAGCUUGCUGACAUUGGAUUUGUCCAACUGCAGCUUAGAACAUCUACCUACUGGGCCUCUGAAGAAAGUUGUGGAUUUGGAUUUGCGUGAAAAUAAUAUUCAGAUGUUGAGAAACAAGAGUUUCGCCCAUAUAACCAGUGUGGAAACGUUGAAUAUAUCUUUCAACGCUAUCAAAUCCAUCGAAACCAAUAGUUUUUCACGGCUGGACCGUAUAAUAGUGCUCGACCUUUCAUACAACAGAUUAACAACUAUAGAAAAAACAACGUUCAAGAAGAACGAGAGGCUGAAGUCCUUGUAUUUGUCACACAACUACCUCAGAAAGAUCAAGGGAAUUUCCAGUGAUAGCUUGGAAUUGCUCGAUUUGAACUUCUGUGAAAUAAAUUCUUUGACGCAAUAUUCCUUGACGAAUCUUCCUGCAUUGACUGAAUUGCACUUAGUUCGUAAUCAAAUAUCACACAUACCCGAUAAUAUAGAGGCACCACACUUGGUUUACUUAGACAUAAGUUAUAACGACAUUAGUUCCUUGAACAACGCUACCUUCGCCUCAUUGAGGUCCUUGAGAUUUCUCGUUUUAUCCGGGAAUAAGCUCACCACUCUAGAUCCCAAAUUCUUUCCACAAGUGAUCGAUUUAUCAAUCGAAGAUAAUCCCUGGUUGUGUGACUGCGAGGCUUUGCGUCAAAUCUACUUUUGGAUGAUAAGAACAGACCAGAAUAUGAAGAAGCUCAGAUGCCAGUUACCUGUGAAACUGGAGGGUCUUACAUGGGAAGCGGCGUGCUCCAGCACUUGGUCCAAAUUGAACCACCCCAAAGCGAAUGUAUGGAUGUACAGCCUUUCAUUUUUCAUCACUGUCGCAGUUCUCAUUUUCCUGGUAUACGUCUCGAAAAAACUAGAUCAGCGAAGAAAAAUUCAGGCCGACCAGCAAGCUGCCGAAAGGCUAGCACUCGAGAGGGAAGAAUUCGUUCAAAGGCAGGAGAGAAGAGCACGUCUUCGACAUCUAGUAGAACAAGAGGUUUCACGGAACGCUCCAGAUCCAAGGGAAUCCCAAGGACCACCAACAUACAACGAAGCUCUUAUGUUACCAAGGCUUGAUGCCUCCCACCCAAGCUUAGCAGGUAGUUUACACAGUUUCUCAUCCAUGAGCAACAGCAAUCCGGAUGUUUCAAAAAGGAGGAGACCCAGAAGGAAGCGAAGAAAAAAAUUAUCAGCAUCACAGCCCGAGGUAUCGUCUAACCCUAACCUUACAGAAGGGGAACUAGAUUUAACAGACAUUGAAGGACAACAGGGCAAUGUAGAAUUAGAGGAAAGUAGUUUUUAAAUUAAAAAAAAAUAAUGCAAAUCGAAACCUAACUUGUUGCAUUGGAAUAUCAGUCGAUGUAUCAGUAUUAUGUAGAGAAUCGAUAUGAUCAGGGAUAAUUUUUGUACUGAAAAUUUUUAUAUUUGUUCAAUCUAAUAUAUAUGUUAUAAAAUGCUAUAAUAAAAUGUUGUAGUACAAA